AUGGACCUACCCUACUACCAUGGCCCUCUCAAGAAACAAGACUGUGAGACCAUACUACUCCAGGAGGGGAUAAAUGGCAAGUUUCUCUUACGAGACAGUGAGUCAGUACCAGGAGCUCUGUGUCUCUGUGUCUUGUUUCAAAAUAAGAUCUAUACAUACCGAAUCAAAAAAGAAAAACAUGGAUACUUUUCAAUGGAGUCAGAAAAAAGAGGUAAAAAGGAGUUAUUUCCAAACCUAAAAGAACUAAUCUUCAAAUAUGAAAAACCUGAUCAAGGAUUAGUGAUUCACCUUCGUUACCCAGUAGUGAAAAAUACCACAUACCAGAGCUGGAAAGAUCCACCAGAUAUUUCAGAGAAGGAUGAUUAUGUGAAUGUGGACAAUGAUUAUGUGGAAGUCCUGCCUUGAACUCUAAUCAAGUGAGCACGAAGAGGCAACCGACAAUGAUUUCUCAGAAUAUUAGUUUAAAGCCUUUCAAACAUCUGUGAUUCUCAGCGUUUCCUGAGGUUUUAAUCAUCACACAUGAUAGUGCUGAACUGAAGCCUCCCUGCCAGAAAGAGUCAGAGAACUGGGCAGCUCAUGUCUGGUUGCUUUGACUUUAUAUUCUGUUAUCUCCAAUAAAGGAAAUGUCUGUAUGAGUAGAAAUAAAAAAUGUAGCCUACAGAUAUUGUACCACUCUACCCUGAUAAUAUCUUGUAAGGAUCCCUACAAAAUUCAAGCAGGUAGCCAUAGUUCAACCUGAUAGUUCAAAACAUAUUUAUGACCAAAAUAAAAUGAAGACAGACCAAAAUGUGUAAUAAUAUGCAACCAAGAG